AAAUUCCCCAGCUGGCUAUUCUCACUAAAGUUGAUGACGCCUGUCCCAAGGCACAAAAGAAUGUGAACAACAUCUACAAGAGUGACUACCUGAAGGAACAGGUCUACAAAUUUAGCCAGCUUCUGGGCCUCCCAGUGAACAGCAUCUUUCUUGUGAAGAACUACAGUUCAGAAAUCAAUACAAAUGAUGCCACUGAUGCUCACAUCCUGUGUGCACUGAAACAGAUGAUUGUCUUUGGAGAAGACUAUCUCAGCCACUUGAAUGACUGA